GGCGGCGGGUCAGCUUUUGCAUCCCGAGAGGAGUCGUCGCCGUUUUUCCCGAUUUUCCCGACAGUAAAGUCGUCCGUCCCAGUGCCAGUUACUUGAACCGUUGUGAAGGCCUUCGUACGCUCUCCCGUCUGCUGCGCUGCGAGACUCUCUUGCUCUCCCGUCUGUCAAUGUAGGCGCAAGCAGGUGACAAAAGGAUAUUCGGAGAGAUGGUACUGUGUGAGUGUGAGUGUGUGUGUGUGUGUGUAUACGCUUCCAUCCCGAAAGGCGAAGGCUGCUGCGACGCUAAACAGCCGAUGCUCCGAGAGAGCGAAGAUUAGUUCGAGCUGGAUGUUUCAUAAUAUUGGGUCGGUGUGGUUUUGCGCUGCGGAGUCACCGGAACCGUAACGUAGGGCGCAUCCCAGUUUCGCUGCAUUAAAGCCUACAAGCGCGAUGUGAAUCGUUCUAGCUGUGUGUGUGCGUGCGUGAAGAAGAACAAAAAAAGAAAAAGAAAACAGUAACUACAUUUGUUUAGUCAGUAUAAACUACCGAAAGCAAUCAUUGAAAGCUGCCAAAUUCAUCCGCUGAAGUGUCAGUGCCAAGUGAGUCGAUAAUAAACGGUUCGUAACGUUCGUUGGGUGUGAUUUUCUGUGUGUCUGUGUCGUGUUGUGCCAAAGCAAAUCAAACUCCUCCAGCUACUACUGUGCAAUGGACGAAAAACAAACAUUUGAAGUGUAAACUAUUCCACGCUGCAUCCAUGACUACGGCCGAACGGAGUGCCGUGGAACAGUAGCAGUUGCAGCUGGUUUGCUCCAGUCCAGGACCAGCUUUAAACGGUGACCCCCAGGCAAGCGACUUCGGGUGUGUAGGCGUGUCCGGGGCCGUUCCGGUGCGGAUUUUUCGCCUGGUUUCGGAUUUCGUGUAGUUCGGCAAACUCUGGACCAAGCGGGUUGAAAGCGGGCUCGAAACCUCCGAAACCGUGGUUCGCUGAACCGGAAAGCGUACAAAUUGGGGCCAUCCAGCAGACCAACCCAGUCCAGCGAAGACCCAAACGAACGAACAAACCGAACCGAACCGAACGGGGACAGUGAUUUGUCGGCGUGGGCAGAGUGUGUCGAAAAUACCUUCUUUAUCAUUCCGGAAGUGUGUCCACACUUGGUUUUGUUUGUGUAGUGUGGAAAAGCGGAGGGGGGGAGUAGCGUAUAGUUACGGUGGUGAACCAUCCAACCGAAAGGGAGUGGCUCAAUUGGGUGAGCGCCUAAAGUUCGCCAGGACUCUACCGGUUUGAGGCAAGGUGAAGGCAAGCAGCGAAAGCAUGCUGAUUGCGGGCACUGUUUCUGAAUGACCAUCCAAAGUUCCGGGCUGACGGGCUGACAAUCAAGGGCGAAAAAGAUAAGAACUAAUGCGACGUGCGGGUGCUACUACCAGGGAGCGGAGAGCUACUUAAAGUCACCUCAGCGCGAGAGAGAGAGAGAGAGAGGGCAUACAAACGAAGGAGCAGCAUCAGCAGUAGUAGCAGCAGCAGUAGCAUCCGGAAGAAAGAGGAAUCACUACCAUGCUUCAUUAACCGAUGACUGCCCCCUUGUUUGUACACGUUCUGCCCAUUAGGCUACAGCUCUUUGCCACCUGCGUCCGACCUUCUCAUCCCAUCCCAACACAACCGAUUAACACAUGUUCCAUCGAACAUUUCGACCGGGUGCUGGAUUACCCGAAGCGCGCUUCUAAUCUAAUUUGUCACCGAAUAGUUGCAGCCUCGGUAAUCGGCCCGGCAACACGUGACACUGGCAGCAUCAACGAACGAGAUUACUAAUACCCAUCUACAGCUCUGGAUCUUCCUUAAUCUUCAAAAUGACACUCAUCUUCUCUUGGAUCUUCAUACUUGGACUUGUUGUUCCGGAUCUGUCGUCAAGCUUGCUGCACUGUCCACAUCGCUGCCAUUGCGAUGAUGAAAAGCUGGACGUUAACUGUGAGGAAGGCCAUCUGGAUGUGCUGCCCAUCGCGCUCAACCCUUCCAUCCAGCGGUUGGUGAUCAAGAACAACAAGAUACGAAUAAUUGACUCGUCGAUCCAGUUCUACUCCGAGCUGACGCUGCUCGAUCUCAGCUUCAACUAUCUGUUCAACAUUCCCGACCGUACGUUCGGCCACCAGCGGAAGCUACAGCAGUUGCAUCUGAAUCACAACAAGAUCAGCACUAUCUCGAACCGCACGUUUGUGGGGCUGGGUGAGCUGCUGGUCCUAAACCUGCGCGGUAAUCUGAUCGAUCAGAUCGACGCCCUCACCUUCACACCGCUUGCCAAGCUGGAGGAGUUGAAUCUCGGUCAGAACCGGAUCGCAAGUGUCGGUUUGUCGGUGAGUUCGUUUGUGGGAAUCGGUGAUCUGAAGAUUCUGCUGCUGGAUGACAAUCUGCUGAGUUUGAUCCCUUCGGCGGAGACCUUCAAACCGAUCGACAAGCUGGCAGAGCUGUACAUUGGCACCAACUCGCUGGUGACCAUCGAGGACGGUGCGUUUCAGGUGCUCUCGGAGCUGACACUGUUGGACCUGCGGAGCAGUCUACUGCCGAACGUAUCGGAGGGCACAUUUGCUGGGAUAGAGAACCUGAAGACGCUGAACCUUGCCGACAAUCGGUUCGUGCGCGUUCCUUCGUCCACGCUUGCUGUGUUGCGCCGUCUAGAGGAGUUGGCCAUUGGACAGAACCACUUUGAGACAGUGCCGGCCCAUGCAUUCCGUGGUCUUCCGAAUCUGAAGCGGUUCGAGCUGAAGGGCUCGCUGUACUUGCGCCGGAUCGAGCGUGCCGCUUUCCAGACCAACACCAACCUUGAAUCGAUUGUGAUUGAAUCGAACAAAGCGCUCACCGUGCUGGAGGAGGCCACCUUUGCCGGGCUGCUCUACCUGAAGCACCUCAGCCUGCGCAACAAUGGGCUGGAGCGGCUGGAUGAAGGAAUGCUUUCGUGGAACAGUUUGCGCACGGUCGACAUCUCGGACAAUCCGAUCAACUGCGACUGCUACUACUCGAAGCUGCUGCAGCGGUUACAGUCGGCGGCGCGGGUCAGCUACAAUGCCACCGGGUGUCCGCACCAUCUGCCCGACCAGUGGGAGUGUGAGUACGCGCUGGAGAAGAACAAAAAUCUGAUCUCCGUGGUGGUCCCGUUGGUGGCGAUCGUUACUGCGAUUGCGCUGGCAUUCUAUCGCUUCCGGGGACUGUUGCGUGAGUACGUGAAGAAUGGGUGCAAAAGCAAGGCGGCUGCUAGUGUGACGCCGGCCGGUCCGCCCGGGCUGCCGGUGCUUCCACCGAUCGGGCGUACGGAGUUAUCGACGGUGGUGGACUACGAUAAACCGCUCACCGACGACGACUACGUUAUACGGACGGGCAAUCUGUACCGUGGCGGUACAGGGCAGCCGAUGCUGAACGGGGGCUACCCGCUGUACCUGCAGCAGAACCCAAGCGUCUACUACAACAAGCCGCUGCCGAUUACGGAGUUAUAGUAUUGAAGGUUGGAGGAAUGCGACGCUAGCGUGUAAGUUGGUUCUCGCUUUCGGAAUCUAACUGACUACUUUAAGAUAAGGUUCUACGUGCGCAGGUUUAAUUUAUUUAAGUUCGGAGAGCUACAAGUCUUUUGUUUGAUGUGUUAAGCAAACAGUUUACAUUGCAUUACCAUACAAUUACAUUCCAAGAAAGAAUUGCGCACCUUUCCAGAAUUGCGCAAAACAUUCCAGCAUGAGACGUUCGGUGCGCAGGUGGAUCUGGUUUAGCCUUUAAGUUGAUUGUGAUGUUUUUCCCCCUUUUCUUCAAAUAAUCAUGUAUAUUUACAAUAAGGUUUGCUGUAUGAUAUAAGCUUGAACUACUCUUUUUUGAUAACAAAAUACUCUUACACUUGUCGAUACGUGAUGUACAAUAUUGUCUAUGAUCGAGAGAUCCGUUUUGGUCGAGAGUUGUUUUUCCAUCGAGUAAUCUGUAAAAUUAAGUGUAUUAGUAUAGUUUAACAUCUCUCGAACUUUGAACAACUUCGAACAUCUAAAGGUCUUGUUGCCUUGACUGGAGGAUAAAAGCGAGGGCCAUCAGUACUGUGAGACUAACUAGACGAAAUGGCUUGCUGGGAGAGGAGAGAAGAGAAUAAUCGAUAGUAUUUCCCCUACUACUAAGCAUCACUAUCUGUAAUGUACGUCAACGAAAAUUAACUUGCCACAAUACAAAGACGAAAACCAGCACAGCAAUAAUGAAACGGUUCAAAACAAGUCUCCUUUUACGGUAGGAAGGACAAUAGGGCAUACAGUUUAGCUCUACAAAACUUAGAACUAAAUGUCAGAUAACAAAUUACAAACCGAAAUAACGCCACAACACAUUAUCACUGCAUCUGCACUACAUCUCAUUACAUCUCUAUCCUGUGCGCUCUGGAAGCACUUAAUAUUCUUAGCGUCGCAUAAAUAAAGCAUAAUUCCACAUACAAAAAAGAUACAAAGCAAAAAGCAUGUGAAAAGAAACCCGGACUAAACUUUGAACUCGCCUAGCCUUCCCUCUAAGCUCCGAAUUUCAAUUUGAUCAAAGUUAAUUGCUUUUUUGUUUCGCUCGGCAAGAAAGGAUGAAGUAGAAUCCUCGAAAAUAGUUCCAACUUUUUGGCGCCGUAUCACUUCCACCUGAAACAUUGCGCACUCACCAGCACAUACGGGCCACACGGUACGUGCGGUCAUCCCGUUUGCCGUGUAGGGUAAUUGUAAUUAUAAUGUGUUGAAGUGUAACGAGCAAAGCAGCAGCGAAGUGAACCAACCCGAGGAACUAACAAAAAAAUACAAGAGGGCCAAAAAAAGUUAGUGCAAACAGGUCUUUGCCGUUGUUGUAUUUCCUUGCGCUGCGCGUACGCCGGAUACACGUAGAUAAAGUGGUUGGAAUUUAAUCCCGUUUUUGUGCACUAAUCCGUGAAGGAAAUGUGUAGUAGUAGUAGUACCAUGAAAUGGUGAAAGAAAAUUGAAAGUAGAGGUACCGCUUCCCGAAUUGGGGGCUCUCUUCGUCCAUAUCCCCCACAGCUACAGAGCCAGACUAACCACAAUCCUGGCGUUUUGUUUUUUUGCAUUUCCAUUUCCACAAUUUCAACACCAAAAGCCAGAAGCGUCGGUCCGUGAGGGGGCCGAUGUAACUGCACGGUGGCUGAGUUAGGAAUGCGGAAAAAGUUCCACAUUUGCCAUGAUUAUCCGUUGCCGUUUCACGUGCCGGGAGAACGAGGAACGGGUGGCUAGUGCGGUCCUCUGGUCCGUCCAUAACAGACGUUCCUGUGUUUUUCAGAGCACUUCAGCCAGAGCGUGAGUGGAUUGGAGGGUUGGACGGCUAACCGUUUGUUUGUUUUUUUGUUGGUUGAAUUUCUGCUACGGCUACGGCCCGGAAAGCCAUUGUCGGAGGUGAUGAUGGGGAAGAUGAUGAUGGUGGGCUAAAAAUUAAAACAAACGAUUUGCGAGCGACUCUCGCUUGCUCACCUUUGCAUACUGGGGCGGCCCAGGCUCGAGUGUUCUUAUCAGUGUACACGCCGUCUGUGGAUGGUUUGUGGAAAAUUAAAGAGCAACCGUCAUCCUGCCUGUGCAAAACUCCCAACUGUUUCGCCUCUGUACGUCUGUGUUUGCUUUAAGCAAUUUUCACAUUGUUUGGGUAGAGCGUGUGUUCUCUGGUGGUGGACCAACUUUGCCCCCCGCCUCACACACACACACAACACAAAUAAUGAGCAGAAAUUUGGCAACGUACCACAGCGUGCAGACCACAGCGAGCAUCGAGCUACCAUCGGGCACACUUUGCAUUCUCCAAAUUCAUAACCUGGCAGGAGGUUUUGUGGGGAGCUUUUCCGGAACAGGGGCAGGGACCGGCAGGGACUUUUACUUUCAAUGCUCUGCACAACCGCUCGCAUACCGCGUCUGCUGCUAUGUCGGAAUGUACGAAUGUUUGUCCAAAGCCUGGAGUAGUGGACCUAGACUUUUGGGGGAUUUUUUGUUGCUGUGGUGUGUGUUUUCUGGGGGAAAAGGUAUGAUGCGGUCCUGUUUUUUGGAAAAUGGCUGUACAAAUUAUGGAUUUUCACAUUCAUUGUUUUUUUUUGCUGAUAGGGUGGGCUUGGUGGGCUGAGCUGUAAUCGUGGUGGCAAAGUCCGUGGGGCAGUAAAAGGAUAAUAAAACAAAUGGAGCAGCACCACGUGGUACGUGGUGGAGUCUCGAGUGGAUUGGUCUGGGCGGGCGCUCUGUGUUGUGGAUGUUCCAUUGGAACUCUCUCCGCAUAGCUCACGUUACAUGAAUCUGUAAUUACCGUUGGCAGACUGCCCCAGAGAAUGUGUGCGGCGCGAAAGUCUGUUGUAUCCUUAGCUAAGGUGGCGGGAUUGUCUGGUCGAUUACCUCUUUGCCUGCGAUGGUUUGGUGGCCACCUGUGCACAAAGGUGUGCACUCGAGGAUCGCGGGAAUGUAUGUACGUACGGGCCCGACACGUGCGCGAAUGUUUUCGCGUGAUGUAUCGUGUACUUUGAAUUCCCAUAACACCGGAGCGCUGUUUUCGGAACGAGCCUGCAAGAGUGAGAAAUUCUACACACAGGCACAUACACGCAGAGAUACGAUUUCACUGGCAGCUCUUGUAAUGGUUAUGAAUGGUACGCGGCCCGGUGGCCCUUUCCGGUUCAACGCACGCAGGAAAAUUCGCCGAGACGAGACGGCGGCAGCUUUCUGGGGGAAAAACUGGCACACCGUGAUCAUUACUCGUCUCUGGCGGGCAGGAAGCUGUUGGCGAGAAGAUAAGCAUUAACAGCACAUUGAACACACACAUACAGCGGCUUUGGUUGGAAGUUGUUAGAUCGCUUUUCUCCGCUUUUGGUUGAACCGUUUUGCUGGUGAAGAGCUUCACGCGUUUUUGUUUUCGCUCCCUUGUGAAGGGAUUGUGGAUACUAAAGCUUUUCGAUGUACGGUGAAAGCACACGCCGAGCCGAGGUGUCUACCUGAGCGUUGGAACGCUCCUAGUGGAUGAGUUUAACUUUGAUCGUGCUGGGUGAAAUGUGUGCCGCCAUCACAAGUGGGUCUGGGAAGUACAAAAAGGGAGUCAUUUGUUGUGGGUUUUUUGUGUGUGCCGUUAUUCUGGUUCUGGUUUCAGCCGUUUGAAACGUUAAUAAUGGGCGUGCUGAAACUUGGCGACUGGCAGGAUGCCACUUGUACGCCGGCGAUUGUUGUGCAUUGUUCGCUGGAAUGAGCUCCACCAACGAUGAAAAGUGUCUCGUUUGCAAAUGGAUGGAAAUUACCGGCCAAAGGGUAAGAUUUGGAUGAAGUUGAAGUUGUCCAUUGAAUUGAGCUAUUGUAGAAACUAAGCUAAUUAUUGAUUGUACUCAAUCUUGGACUUAUUUGAGUAUGCAGGCA